AUGAGCUUUCCCAGCACCCACUCUGUGCGUGACGAAUUAGCAGCCGCCUUGCUGCUGGCCAUCGACUACCUGCGGGGCCUUCUGAGGAACGGAAUAAAUCGGCAGGGAAUCAUGCGAAAUUGCACACCAGGAUCGGUGCCGGUGGCGCGUGGUGCUCUGCUGCUCAUCUUCACAUUUUUAACCGGCAUUUUCAUGGUUCUGAGGCGGCGCAUCGUGUGGCGAAGGGAGCGGCAGCCCCCACCAGGGGCGGAACUGCAAGAUGCACCUCUCAGAGUUGCCAGAGUUGCUGAAGGUAACGAUACAGAAACGGCCGGCAGAGCUCCGCACGUGACAGAUGAUUGCAACAACAUCUCAAGGCGCAUGGUAGGGAAUGACUUUGAUGCGGAUGGGCAUAUGCAGAAACUUCUAGAACAUUUCCGCUCCUCCAUGGCUGGGGCGCCGGAGCGCGAAGGGUCUAGCUUUGCACGAUAA